GGCUGGCCAUUGACAGACUGGCUCCGGUAACCCGGAGGUGGAGCUGGAGUUUGGUGAGAGCGGUGCGGCGAGUCCCGUUUGAAAAGAAGACGAUUUAACAACAAAUAACAUUAAGAAAACAGGCAGAGGAAGAGGAGCAGCAGGAGCUCUCUCCCGAUGUCUGUGUAGCUCCAGUCACCAUUGCUCCACUCGCUGGCUGUGAAAGAGGUGCAGGGUGCUCUCAGACAUGGCUUCGUACAGCCCUGAAUCACUGAUGACUGUUUGUACCAAAUAUUGUUUGUGGAACCUCGAGGGAACACUGUGCUACAUGCAAGAUAAUGAGACGCUGAGACUGCACCCUGAUAUCUUCCUUCCCAGUGAGAUCUGUAACCAUCUCGUCAAUAUGUACAUGGACCUAGUGAACACAGACAACAGCUUCCCAGGACACUUGAGUUUCUUUAGCUUGUUCUCAGACCAUCGGAGCACCCGUCUGACUCAUGUACACCUGAGGGGGAUUCAUGAGGAUAUCAUUCACGAUGAGGACUUGGUGGCAUUUUCCAAACAGGAUCUCGUUGAGCUUCGCCUUGUGAACUGCGAUAGACUCUCUGCCAAAAGCCUACAGACUCUGAAUAACUUCCGCAGCACGCUGGUUUCACUCAGCCUAUUUGGGUGCAAUAACAUUUUUUACGAAGAGGAGAAUCCUGGCGGCUGCGAAGGGGACAACAACAGCAUGGUGAACCCCUCACGGCAGGUUCUCGUCAAGGACUUCUCCUUCACUGGCUUCCACCGGCUGUGCUUUCUCAAUCUGGGUCAUAUAACUGAUGGAGUGAACGUGGACCGACUCCUGCGGCCACUGACUACUCUGACCUCACUCGACCUCUCUGGGAUCCAGCUGAAUGACAUCCAGUUUUUGCUGCAGUGGCAGAAGCGGCUUGGGUCAUUAGUGCUGUACAACAUGGACCUCUCUGAGGAGCACAUCUGGGUCCUCCUGCAGCUCACUAACCUCAGACACUUAGACAUUUCUCGUGACAGAACUUCCAGUUUUUACAAAUUCAAGCUGACUCGGAAAGUCCUCACUGCCUUUGUGCAGAACCUUAAAAACCUUGUCUCGUUAGACAUCUCAGGACACCUGAUGCUGGAUAACUCUGCAAUCUCAAGUCAUGAUGAGGCCUUGGGCCCUGCAAGUAAUGAGCCACAAAAGAGCAGCAUUGAACCAUUCCGUGCACUGAAUAGGUCGUUUCAGUUCCUGGGAUUAUUUGACACCACUCUCUGCAAUCUAACUCAUAUACCUUCGUAUAAGAUAACCGGGGAAGCGAAUGAGGAUCAAAUCCUGAAUGCUAUUGAGGCUUAUACAGAAUAUCGACCAGAGAUUGCUUCACGUGCAAUAAAUCAUCUCUUUGACAUCGCACGUAUUGAACAAUGUGACCAGCCACUGCGUGCCCUAAGGCUGGUGAUCUCUGCACUGAAGUAUCACAAAUUUGACAAAAGUGUUCAGGUGACGGGCAGCGCAGCACUCUUCUACCUGACUGGCUCUGACUACCGGCAAGAACAGAGCAUUAAGCUCCGUCGCCAGGUUAUCCAGGUUGUGCUGAAUGGUAUGGAGUCCUACCACGAGGUGACGGUACAACGGAAUUGCUGCUUGACGCUCUGUAACUUCAGUAUUCCGGAAGAGCUGGAAUUCCAGUACCGGCGGGUGAAUGAGCUGCUCCUCGGCAUCCUCAAUCAGACACGGCAGGAUGAAUCUAUUCAGCGAAUAGCGGUACAUCUUUGCAAUGCACUGGUCUGCCAAGUUGACAAUGACCACAAGGAAGCUGUAGGCAAAAUGGGCUUUGUUACGACAAUGUUGAAAUUGAUUCAAAAGAAACUGACAGACAAAGUGUGUGACCAAGUAAUGGAGUUUUCAUGGAGUGCACUGUGGAACAUUACAGAUGAGACUCCUGACAACUGCGAGAUGUUCCUAAACUGCAAUGGAAUGAAGUUGUUUCUUGAGUGUUUGAACGAAUUCCAAGGAAAACAAGAAUUACACCGGAACAUGCUGGGACUCUUGGGAAAUGUUGCUGAGGUCAAACAGCUUCGGCCGUACCUAAUGACCACACAGUUUAUCAGCGUCUUCAGCCGUCUCCUAGAAAGCAAUGCCGAUGGGAUCGAGGUGUCGUACAAUGCCUGCGGGGUACUGUCGCAUAUCAUAUUUGAUGGAGACGAAGCCUGGACCAUCGCAGAACCUCGCCGGGUUGAAGUGAUGGAUCGAAUGUGGCAAGCAAUCUCCAGCUGGGAUGAGAACUCAAGAAGAAACAUUAAUUACAGAUCAUUUGAGCCAAUCUUGCGCCUUCUUCCUCAGCGAGUAGCUCCAGUCAGCCAGCACUGGGCAACCUGGGCACUCUUUAACCUCACAUCAGUCUAUCCUGAGAAAUACUGCACAUUGUUGAUAAAAGAGAAUGGAAUUGAACUGCUGAAGGGUGUGAUCGAGAGUGACGCAGCUAGAUCAGAGACCAAAGAGAUGGCAAAAAAUGUCAUCAAAUUCUGUGAGAACUUUAAAGAGGAGCAGAUGGACACGUUGAGUUAAAGACUGAAAAUAAGCUCUCACCAACUCUCACUACUUCCUGUCAAGCGUGCUGUGUAGACACUGAGGAACUUUAAUGUCCUGCUACAAUAAUGCACAAGAUGCAUUAUAGGGAGGAACCUCUGUGCAUGACACGGUGUCAAGAUGACACACAGCAGAAUAUUUGGUGUUGCACAAGAAAAUGUUAAUUCGUGUCAUUUUUUAUUGGAUAAGGAAUUAGCGUUUUCUCUCACUUUAUCCCUUUUACCUUUACUUUGACUCUUCCUUUUAAUCUCUCCUUGCCAUUUGAGUCUCAUUUUCUUUCCCUCCACUCUUGCUUUUCAGCUACAUUUUCUCCCUGUCCCAUGUUCCCUCCACUCUUUCCCCGUCAUUUUGUAAAUUGUGCUUCCAUGGUUUGUCUUGAAAAAAUUUGAUUGUGAAAUCUUUUGGGCUGUGCCAGUUAAUCAAAUGUCAACAGUUAUAAACUUUUAAGAAAAAUAAGGAAUAAUUAAUAAAUGAUUUGUUGUUGAAGCACUUGUUCCUGUAAGUGUGCUAAUAUUCAGUUCUUGCAACUGAUAAUUCAAUCACCAGCCUGUGAACCUGGUCUGUAGGUCUGUUGCAAAGUUGUAUCUUACCUAUUCUUUGUAGAGGACUCUUUAUGUUUCAGUUCUAAUUACAGACUCAGCAUUCUCAAUUGGCGGGUAAUAUCAAUACAAUAUAUUUAAUUGCAAAAAUAAUAUAGUGGCAUGACCUCAAAUGAGCUGAGUAGUUCCACUGAAAACUGCCCAAUUUGAGUCACAAUCGCAAAUAUUGGUGGGUAAUGUGUGCCAAUUCAGUGGUGUGUAAGUAAUCUUUAGUAAGCUGAUUUAGGCAUAUGCUUUGCUGUUUUAAUAACAUUUACAUUUUGGGGGAAUGCUGAACAGAUUUAUUGUCGCUUUUUGUUCACCCCCAUCACUUGCCCUCCAGUACCCACUCGUAAGUUACCUAGAUUCAAAUUGAAUCUGGAAGGACUGAUGGGAAGAUGAGGGGAAAGAGGAUGCUCUUUCACUUGGCAAUCUAACGAAUGCAAUUUAACUAAUAUGGUCAGUCACGUAUCAUGUUAAUCAACCAGUUAUGAUCAUGUAUUGAAAGCGUGUCAAAUUAUAUGUGAAGGUGGGUGCUGAAGAUGUAAAACGUACUGUACUCAUCUAUGUAGAUCUCAUGGCUGUGCUUCUGUUCCUGGCCAAGUCACACAAUGAAGCAAUCGCACUUCAUAUAUUUCUCAAAGCCAGGGCUUCCAUGUUCUGAACACUGGAGAUGAAGAGCCAGUGCACCCACUGAUGGUACAUGUCUACAAUAGAAAACCAGCAUCAAAGCAGAUGCAGAGACAAGGAACUGCAGAUGCUGGAAUCUUAAGUGAAGAAGGGCCCUGACCUGAAACAUCGCCUAUCCAUUCCCUCCAUUCCCUUCCCUCCUAUCCAGACCUGCUGAGUUACCCCAGCACAUUGUGUUUUAAUCAAAGAGGACACAGUAUUUAUAUUAACUGUAAUCAUUGUACCAACUCUUAUUUUUGCCUGAGUUCUCUUAUCCAAGGCUUGGUUUGUUUUUGGAGUAUAUCUUGUGAUUACCUGGUCUAAAAGCUCCCGAACAUACUGUCAACAUGGAACAGCUGGACAACUGCACUGAGAAUCCUUGUUUUAUUAAACAACUAGUAGUGGGAAAAUAUUUAUUACCAUUGUGAGAAAAGAGCAAUUGUGUGUUCCAGAGGUUAAGACUGCUGUAGUUAGGAAUCUGUUUGUCACACCCCACUAAAGCUUUAGGCAUCUGCUUCUUGGGCAGCCUCUUGGCAUAGAGGCUAACUUGCUUCCACUCAAUUUACACUGGGCUUUAGGGUGUUUCUAAUCUCUGAACAUUGGGUUCAAACACAAUUUUCCUUGUAGGGCCAAAGUUGUGGCAGCACAAUGAAGGUAAUAUUAUCAAGUUUCAUAAUGACAAAAACUUAUUUUCCCCUUUGACUGAUCAUGGACAGUGAUACCUCUGAGUUGGUGGGGAUUCUGCACACUUUCAAGAUGAUUCUGAAACCUUCUUUGAAUGAUUUCUUCUGUCUUUCUGAGUGGCGAGGCUCAGAGCAGUGUGUCUCCACCAGGAGUCUGGCCAACUGAACUACAUCAUGGCCUAUGUGUUGAGUUGAAAGAGGUUGCUGACAUCCCGGUGAAUUUGGAGGAAUUUGCAGUGAUGUUGUUGGUACCUCUGCCAGCACAGC